AGGCUUUUCUGUAAUACUUCAACGAUGACUUUGAAUUGAAAAGAAAUAAGUCUAUUUAACUAGUGUAGUAGAAUAAGACGUAACUCUUUAAGGGCCAGUUUCACAAGUGUCGGUUAACUUUUAAUCUUAGAUUAACUCACUCUUCGUCUUUUUCUAAGGGGGACGUUAGAAGGAGACGAAGAGUAAGUUAAUCUAAGAUUAAAAAUUAACCGACACUUGUGUAAGCCGACGAAGUAAAUAUUAUGAUCACCUUGGACAGGUUACACAAACUGACAUAUACUCUAACGAUACCAUUGGUAACGCAAGCGUUAGCCAGGACGGAAUAGAAAGCAUUUAUUGUGUUAUCGUGCUUGAAAAAGAAGCACAUUACAAUAUACAACUUUAAACAGUUAAUAAAUUUAUUCAAUCGAAAUGUAUCAUAUAUGAAAUACGGAGUGUACCGAAAAAUCAGUCUAGCAGUUUUCUGACAAACGUAGAAAUGUAUCAUUCAUCAUUUUCGCCACCGGAUUGCCAAAUUGAACAUUAUAGUGAGUCUGAAUAUAUGCAACGGAGAAAUAAGGAAGAGUUAUCACAUAAAGAUUGGAUGAAACAACGAAAAGAUUUAGAAAAGAAAAUUCAAGAGAAACUGGAGGAAAACAUAAAAGUGCAAUCAAGUGAUAAUCGUGUGAAGUUCAUAUACAAAUGUAAAGGACACGAAGUGCUUGAUGUGACGAUAUUUCGAUUCAAGAUAAUACUCGUAUAUUACAGUUUAUUGCGUAAAUGGUACAUUAGUCCGGGCUACUCUUUCGUACCAGAAGUGAUUGAUCUCAGAGACAAACUUAAAUCUGGCACGAAUGAUCCUUUCUCCGAAAAAGUAUUAAAUAUAAUUCACGGCGUGAAAUAUACGAUAAAUGCUUUCAUGAAACGUCUAACCGACGUGUAUCAAUUCGUGCACGAUGCGCAAGAGAGAAACAAGGAUGUGCAAUUUGCCAUGAAUGCAAUUGUUACAAAAAUGAAACUGACAUUUACGGAAAACGCGUGGCCGAAUGAUCUGCAAAAAUCAAGUGCUGGAGAUACGAUUGUUGUAGAGUUAAAGUUAAAUAAAAAUAUUCAAGUUUGCAAUGUCGGUUACGAAUAUAUACAGCAGAAGCCUCAAAUUCGAACAGAAACUGCGAAAAAUAUAAAUAAGUUGGAGUCAAUGUUGCAAAAUUUUUUUCAUUUUCCUUUGGAAGAAGCAUUCGAAAGGUUUAUUAUAAGGGAAGAAGAAUCCACAAGUUCACAAGAAGAAGAAAGCGAAAACAGAUUAGAAGAUUUAUCAGAAGAUUCAGUUAAAUACCUUUAUACCUAAGAUUCCUUUUUCCAGUUUACGUUUCUAAAUGUUCUGUUUUCGUAUUAAUAAUUAGUAAAAAAAUAAAAAAUGAACAACUGAAAUCAUUAAUAAAUCGAUAUGCAAUAAAUUAAUGAUUACAAAUUAUAUCCAUUUGUACUAUCUACAUUCUUUUUGCUUUAUGAUAUAUUCGCUUAUAUUUUUUUCUAGUAUUUAAUUUACAA